CCAUCUCAGGAUGAUCGGGUGUCAUGCGGUAACUACAGUGAUAAACAUUUGUCUAUAGAUGAAGGAAAUGAAGAUGAAGUCCUUUCUGUUCCCACUGAGGUUCUAGACGACUCCCUUUGGUCACGUUCGAAUGGCUGCAAAGAUGUUGUACGGCAACUGGAAGAGAAACUCAGCCUGGACCGCGCCGCUUUGAGAGAUCCCGAUCCUGAUGUAAAGAAGCUGAUUCGUUACAUGGCCAGAAAGGCUAACAUCAAAGGCCGUUAUGAUGUGAUUAAAGAGUUGAGAAGUAUUGUGCCAUCAGGGACUACAGCUCCUUUGUUGCGUGAGAGCCUUCAAGUUGGAAAAAUGCCUUUCAGUCAGCGAAGAGAGCUCACCAUUGCCCUAAGCGGUGUACAGGAGUGGAAGAUUUUUGCCGAGAAACUGGGGUUAAAACCAACGGAAAUUCGUUUCCUCGACCAACGCACCUUGAAUCCAGUUGAAGCUGCCUUGAACUACGUUGUACAAAGAUGCCAGAUAACUGUGGGAGAUCUUUACGUCAUUUUAAACGACUCUGAGCUACCUGUCAUAGCCGAUCUGCUCUGAGAGAAAAUUGAUAUUCAAAUCAUGUAAAUGUUAACUUUUACACAAAAGAUGUUUUCUUAGAUAAAUUUUCUUACUCCUC